GUGGUGUUGGCCUCAGAGGAGCAUGGAGUGGCUAAAAGGAGAAGUUAAUCAGCCUUACAUCCCAAAGAGCAUUCUGGAACUAGAAUGCCCUACUCCCCAAUACAGUGAUGAGUACCUGACUCUGGCCGGGCCCCAGUCAGCACCUAUCUUCAAGCAGAUGCAAUGCUGGAAGUGUGUCCCCAGGGACUGUGAGGCCGCCGGCAAGCUUGUACCGUGGAGGUUGGCCCCCAUGGAAUGUAACAUUACGGAAGAGCUCGGGUAUCCAGGCCUGUCCAACAGUGACCACUGCAGAGGGUGGUACAACCUCCUUCACCCGAUCAGGCGUGAUGCCUAUACCCGCUGGAGCCAUUCCUAUGCCCAGAGGGAAAAGAUGCUGCCCCGCGACUUUGCCCAGCACCUGCGGGAGCCCGCCACCUGGUAUGACCCUAUUGUUCCUGCUCCUCAAUAUAGAGCAUCCAGCCCCCGCUGGGGGACUUUCUUCUGGCAGGAUAAACACAUCUCUCACAAGGAAUUCGUUGCCAACAGGAUCGGGCUUGAAGUGAUGAAGCCAGAGGAUCCAAACUUCGUCCCCUUCCGGCCCACGCGCCUUCCCUCUGUCUAUAAGGCCCAGGACUUCUGCUUCUGGAGCCCGUGCACCAAGCAGUACUCCGUCUUCUCGGAUAUGCACACCCCUAAACAAUAAAACUUCUGGACCUUC